GGGACUUGCUUUGCUUUGCCGUUGCAGUUGGCUUGCUGCAAAGCCUGCGUUUGCCCUUUUGCUUCGCAGAGCUGCUGCAUUCCGUUUCCCCUCUCUCGCGUCCCUCCCUUCGCUGUGCUUGUCCUGUCCCGUCCACUUCCUUCCUUCCUUCCUCCCUUCCUUCUCCUAAUCGGUGGAUGAUGUGUGUCCAUGCGGCAGAGCUGUGAAUGCCCGGUGGCACAGGUGCUGCCCUCCUCCUCCUCCUCAUGGCGAUGCUCAUGCCCUCUUCCUUCCUUCUCUCCCGCGAAAUGCUUUAGGGCUGCACCAAUCACCAUGUCGUCGCUUCUACCCCUCUCCCUCCUUCCUCUCGCUCUCUGUUGCUAGCAAGCAUUCCCCCCUUUUCCUCCCUUUCCUGCCCUGUCCUGUCCUCUCCCCUUCCUUUCUCUUGCUCUGCCCCCUAUGGAUUCGUCCGUUCUCUCUCCCUCUUCCUCCCUUCACUCCGUAGCCCCACAUGGUGUUGGUGGUGGUGGUGGUGGUGAUGAUGAUGAUGCUGUCAAUUCUGCUUUCUGUGCUGCCAAUCCCCCCACGCCCACUGCAUCCACCCUUGCCCACACUGUGCAGGCCACUCCUAUCGGUCUCACUGCGUCCCAGUCAGGUGAGCUAUCGUUCGGUAUUGCUUCUAAUCCGAUCUGGCCUUCCGUCUCAGAAUCCCUUGACAAAGAUGAAAGAAACCAGGAUGCUGAUUCUCCAGGAAGCCGUGUCACGUUUCCCAAACUUUGUGAGGAUUUGGAUGCGGAAUUAUCCUCGGAUAUGGACGGUUCAUCCAGUAAUUCGCUCGAAGGUGUCAAAUCGCGAGACGAGGAGCGAGUAUGUCUUGAAGAAGUACCCGGAACAAGUGGUCGUGUAGGGGUUUGUAGCGGUGCUAAGGAUGCCCUGAAUGUGGGGGUUUUAGAAGACUUAGGGGCAGCCUCAUGCAAAGAGGGUCAAUUGAUACAUGAAAUACGUUCCAUGGUUAUUUCCGAGGAGGCAAAGAUGCUCCAAUCAGGCACAACAAUUAUCUCGGCUGAAGUCGAAACGAGCUCAGUGAUUAUAUCCAAUGAUAUUGAUAAGGAUAGAAAUCUUACUUGCACUGCACAAGAGAUAUCUGAUGACUGGCUGGGGGCCGAAGACGUUGCAAGCUCUUUGAAUAAUACUGUGCAGGAGACGAUUGACUUUGACCAUGACACUCCUGCAAAAACUUCAAAUUCACGAGAGAUGGACACCAAACGAGUGUACACCUUUUUCAGAAGGGAAGGCGAGGCACUUGGUGCAGCAGAGGAAGUGGGGAGUCGGAUUCUUUCGUGGCCAGUUGGGAUUGCAUUUGAUAUGAUAGGGUUUCAAGUGAAGCUUAUACUGCAGACAGUCUAUUUUGCUCUUUGGAUUUGUAGUUUCAGCUUUUCAGUAAUCACAUUUCCGUUUCGCUCAGCCCUGAGGGUUGCAAACGUAACUUUGACGACUAUUGUGGAUCUUUACACUGUUGUCACACAAAUUAGACCCAGAGUAAUGGAAAGCGUUGCUCUAGCAACACCCGCGUUGAAACAGACAACGAAGAAAUGUGGAUGCGGUUGUCUCGCAGCAGUUUAUGUCAUGUUCAUAUUAGGGUCUCUCCUCGUUCCAGCCCUGUUUCUUGAUCUCUUUCUCGUGCGCCAGUUUAUUGACGAACCGGUGGAGUUUCGCCAGAUUCUUCACUUCGAUUACAGGGAGGAGCAUCCAAGUGCAAUCGUGUCUCUUCUGCCCCCAAAAGUCCGUGCUAAGGCUAAAGGCGAUGCAUACCCUGAGAAGGUCCUCCGAGCCCGUGCGAUACCUCUUUCACACAGUUUGCAUGUCUCCAUCUUCCUGACACUUCCAGAGUCUCACUACAACCGGCAACUUGGCAUGUUUCAGGUAAGUGCCGAGUUGCUGUCAGUAAGAGGUCAAAUCUUGAAACGAGCUAGUUGGCCGUGUAUGUUGCGUUUUCAAAGCUCUCCAGUACGAUAUGCGAAGCAAGUGAUCCUUGGGGUUCCCCUUGUGAUGGGCCUAUCGAAGGAGUCCCAAGUGCUCGGUUUGCGAUUGUUCGAGAACGAAAAGGAGACUACUACUCCAACGGCCAUGGUGAGAUUUGUACUAGAGUCGAGGGCUGGCUCUCCAAGAGGACAGGGGUUACCUGAAGUGUACUCUGCGGAGGCACAAGUGCUAUCAGUGCUACCCUGGUCAAAGGACCUUCUGCGUGGAUGGAAAUGGACGUUCUAUCUGUGGAGUGCUCUCAGUCUCUUCAUGUUUGAGGUUGUGAUUGUCCUCUGUUGCUGUCACCAAGUAUUGUUACCACCUAGACUCCUUCAGGGCAUCACUGGAGGCUUCGGAAGACCGCAAGAGACCGUGGUUCCUGUUAGAGAUACUCCUUCAAAGAGGAUUAGUACACCCGGUCGUCAUGUCAACUUCUCGGAUGAGCUGCCAGUCGCUCGAGCCACACGGGAACCUUGCAAAGGAGUCGAUACGACGAAGGAGCGAGAGUUGCUUCUUAGCAGGGCUGAAUCCACCAGCUCACUCACUGGUCCAAGAUUGCGACGCCUUUCAAGGCAGUCAGCUGAUAGUGAGGAUACUACUUGUAAAACCAAGUAGCAGAUUUAUUGCACCACCGUUGGUGACCAAGUCGAAUUUGUAGGGGAGACAGUAGUAGAUGCCUCCGAGGGAGCUGUGGGCGUUGCUCGACAUCGAUUCAAACAAGUGCUAGAUCCACACCAGACACUCAAUUUUUAUUAUAGAUAAUUAGAUGAACCAGUGCUCAGAAGUAAGGACAUGAUGUCGGGUUGCAAAUUCUCGACUUCACCCUGUAGAGUUAGUAAAAGAUUUGUACAAACCUCCAUGCUAGUCGAGCCAACCGUGAAAUAUUAAAACAGGAAAUGGUCCACAGAAUUUUGUAAUCUAUCGUGAAACUCUUGGUUAUUCUAAUUCCAAUUCAAAGCA